AACACUGUGAUGCGGAAGGCCGACCGUGCGUAUGGCUGAUUAGGGAAUAGGGCUUGCGUUUUUCUUUCUGACAUUUUGGGCAUCUUUUGAAGCUGAUAGGCUAAUACUCAAUGCACUAACCAAUUAUAUUUGUCGGCUGCAGGAAACACCGGGUAUCUGUACGAAAAAAACAUUUUACUUAAGAAGAAGAAACGCCCUACGUCUGCUUGUGGAUACAUAACAUUAAAGUACAAAAGCGUAGGCAUCAUGCCUUUUGCUUGGCCAUGCGCUGUUAAGUGGGCGUAGCGAGCUUUCAGGAAUUGAGACCCCCCUGCACACACCGUGGUGUACAGUUUCCGUCCUGUUGAUUUUUUUUAAUCAGUUGGUGCGUGAGGGAACGAGUAAAAAAGAGGGGCAAGCUUCUUACUGUCUGUAGUACUUUUUAUUUCUCGGAAUUUAACCGCGGUAUAAAAGAAGGAACAAUCUGGUGGUCUUGCAUGUUUGCCCCCGUUUUUUAUUUUUUUGUGUACAUAUUUUUGGGCGCCGGUAACACAGGCGCUUCUUCUGCUUUAUCUCGCAUAUGCCCCAUUACACGAAUUGCCUAACGAGCGGAAAACAUUUCUAUUGAACAUUUUUAAACGGAGCAUUUAAGUCAAUCGGAAAGGGAAGCAAAUAGGUUGAACAAUGUCGAAGCGAUUGAAGAGCAGUGACGUUUGCGCCGACUGCAGCGUUCCUGAUCCGCACUGGGCCUCUAUUAACCGAGGCGUUCUUCUCUGUGAUGAUUGCUGUAGUGUACACCGCAGUCUGGGGCGACACAGUUCACAAGUUAGACAUUUAACACACACAGUAUGGCCUUCAACACAGCUGCAGAUGGUACAGACAUUGUACAGCAAUGGUGCCAAUUCAAUAUGGGAGCACUCCCUCUUGGAUCCUACAUCAUUAAUGAGUGGCAAGCGCAAAGCCAACACCCAGGACAAGCUGCACCCAGGGAAAGCCGAGUUUAUCCGAGCCAAGUACCAGAUGCUGGCUUAUGUACAUCGUAUGCCGUGCCGAGAAGAUGACAGUAUUACUGCCAAGGACCUUAGCAAGCAACUUCAUUCAAGUGUGAGGACUGGAAAUUUGGAAACCUGCUUACGGUUGCUUUCAAUGGGAGCCCAGGCCAACUUCUUUCAUCCAGAGAAAGGAAACACACCUCUUCAUGUUGCAGCAAAAGCUGGACAAAUCUUACAAGCAGAGCUGCUAGCUGUGUAUGGUGCUGAUCCAGGAGCAUUAGAUGCUAGUGGCAAAACCCCAAUUGAAUGUGCAAGGCAGUCUGGCCAUCAUGACUUGGCAGACCGUUUGGUUGAAAUACAGUAUGAGCUCACAGACAGGCUAGCUUUCUAUCUCUGUGGAAGAAAACCUGAUCAUAAAAAAGAACAGCACUUUAUAAUUCCCCACAUGGCAGACAGGCACACUAGCCUUGAUUUGUCUGAGCUGGCCAGAGCUGCAAAGAAGAAGCUUCAGUCACUCAGUAACCAUUUGUUUGAAGAACUUGCCAUGGAUGUGUAUGAUGAAGUAGACAGAAGGGAAACUGAUGCAGUGUGGCUAGCAACACAGAACCAUAGUACACUUGUCACUGAAACAACACUUGUUCCAUUCCUUCCAGUGAACCCAGAAUACUCCUCCACAAGGAACCAGGGGAGGCAGAAACUUGCAAGAUUUAAUGCUCAUGAGUUUGCUACACUUGUAAUUGACAUUUUAAGUGAUGCCAAACGUCGACAACAGGGAAACACCGUUUCAAGUCCAAAAGAAAACAUAGAGCUGGUUUUGAAGAAUAUUGGUAGCCGGCAUGGAAGUGAAAGCCAAGACAACGAUCAACCUGACUAUGACAGUGUGGCUUCCGACGAGGACACAGAUCACGAGCCAACAGGAGUGAAAGCCAGUCGGGCAAAGAGCAUGGAUUCAGACUUUUCAGAUGGUCCAGUUUCUGUGCAGGAAUUCAUGGAGGUUAAAAAUGCAUUGACAGCAUCAGAAGCAAAGAUUCAGCAGCUUAUGAAAGUGAACAGUAACCUGAGUGAUGAGCUCAGGCUCAUGCAAAAAAAGCUUCAAACGCUUCAAAGUGAGAACACGACGCUAAGGCGGCAGGUUACAGGCAGUAUCUAUCAGGUCCCAAGCGCUUCAGAGUACCCAGAAUCUUCCAGUCCAUCUGCCUUGAAACGGCGGCCGUCGCGAGGUAGCCGCUCCAUGUCUAUGUAUGAGACAGGCUCGGGUCAGAAGCCCUAUCUCCCCAAGGGAGAGGCCACCUACCCGGAAGAAGGUAUAACCAGACUCCAGUCAUUCUCACCACAUAUUGGGAGGAGUGCUUAUGUGAGCGCCUCUUCAUCUCUCCCAUCCUUCCCUUCCUUGUUAUCCUGGUCACGGGAUGAAAACACCCGAAGGGCUUACAAAGCAGAAAAGCAAAGCAGCAUGCCCGAGAGUGAUUAUGACAACACAGCCAAUGAAUUGGAGCUGGAAGACACUGGUUUUAGCAGGAAAACAAAGCUGAAAGGCAGCAGCUGGCAAGGUGAGGGGACAAUCGCAGAGUUAGAAGAUCAAGACUCUGAGCCAGAUGCGACCCUUCCAAGCACUGAGGAUGUCAUCCGAAAAACUGAACAAAUAACUAAAAACAUACAGGAACUCUUGCGUGCAGCUCAAGAGAACAAGCACGACAGCUUUAUGCCAUGCUCCGAAAGAAUACAUGUGGCUGUAACAGAGAUGGCGGCCCUGUUUCCCAAGAAGCCACGCUCAGAAAUGGUGCGAACCUCCCUCAAGCUUCUAACAUUGAGUGCCUUCCGUCUGCAGUCCGAAUGCAAGAAGACUCUGCCUGUGGAAAGUGGCCCGGUGUCAGACAUGCAGCUUGUCACUCAGCAGGUUAUCCAGUGCGCCUAUGACAUUGCCAAAGCUGCCAAACAGCUGGUGACCAUCACCACCAAAGAGAACAGCAACUGAGGGGCAAGUUGCCAAUACUUGUGCCCACUUUUGAUUUUUCGGUUUAAGAAAACAAUACUUCCUUCUUCAUACUUUCAAUAUUAUUUUUUUUUGUUUAUUGCAUGCAUUCUCAAAGUUCUUCCCAACCAAAUUAUAGUGGCAGCAGUUUAUGUUUUCACUAAUAAGUCUGUUCUUCCUUGAGGACUACUUGGCAAGAGCAUUUCUCCUCCUGUAUGAAGAAAUGAUCAUGGGUAGUACUAUUAAAGCUCUCUUUUACUCUAAAAGUCUGAUUAUUUUCUAAGACAGCUACUUAAAGAAAGGAACAUUUUCCACCUUUGAAAAUGAGAAAGGGUCACUGUAAGCGGGCAAAUCAGAGGAGAUAUUUUACUGCAGAUUUUUAAAUUGGUUCUCCUCCAUUUUGUCACCUCCCCAUACACAUAAUUAUUCAUUUAACACCAGCAUGCAUUUUCUAUUUAAAACUGAUUCCUUUCAGCCAGGUGCUUCUGCACUAUGCUGGUAGCCCAACUUCAAAGUCUAGUUAUCAAACUGGUUUGCACUGACUGGAAAAGUAAAAGCCAUAAUCCUGCCCCAUUAGACGUACAUACCUCAGUGACCAUCAUCAGCCAUGAUACCACAGAUUUAGAUUUAAUUUGCACAAAGAUCCAGCGACUUGAAUGUUGCUUGUCUUCUGUGACGUUAUAACUUACACUUCCCCUCUACCCAUGGCAGUCAGUCAGUCUCCACAUAAGUAUUAACUUUUUCAAGCUUGUGACUUUAAUUUAAAGCUCCAAAAAAAAAAAAAAAUUCACAGCAAGACAAGUAUACAGUAUUUACAUGAACAA